UGUUUUGAGUUUGUUUUGGGGAUUCUUUGUUAUCGAUAACAUGGAGACUGUUCGAUUGCUUGUUUUUGGUGGCCUGCUAUUGUUGUGGACAACAGAAGUUAACAGUGGUAGAGACUUAAGAAGGAAUAAUGAUGAUCAAAUUGACCAAUCAGAAAUCGAUCGACAAAACAGAAUAACUAAACAAAUAUUUGCAAACUAUUUGGAAAGACAUUUCUUCCCUUAUCGAAGAACAAAUCAAAGAAUUCCAACUAUAGAUGAAAUUCUUCCAAGAAGUCUUUCAAAUAAACAACAGAGACCUCGAUCAUUCCAUAGUCGAACAAGUCGAAGACAAAUAGCUACAUCGAGUCCUUUGGAAUCUGAUGAUGAUAUCAGUCAAGAUGGCGGUGAGGUGCAAGAUGAGGAAGAAAAGAAUUUCGAGGAAGUAAACGAUUCUCGAGAAGCCGAUGAUGAGUCACUACAAAGUGUAGAGUCGGAACAAUUCGAUCAAUAUUACCGGGAAUUACUUGAACGAGAUCCUAGUGAAAACGAGAUUGAUAGUGAUUGUCCAAAUUGUGUGGACGAAACACAAUAUUCGAACAAAUGGACGAUGCCGUUGCUGAAACUGGGCGAAAAACGCUACUACCUGGGGAUCUUCUUCAAGGCAAACUGGUUUAAGGCCACACAGUAUUGCAGAUACCAUGGAAUGCACUUAGCGAGUAUUGCUUCACAGGAUGAGAACAAUAGACUGGAAAAAUAUAUUAGUGAUUUUGGUCUGGGGCAUGAGCACUUUUGGACUUCUGGCACCGAUUUAGCCGAUGAGGGUAAUUUCUUUUGGAUGGCUAAUGGACGGCCAAUCACCUUCACAAAUUGGAAUGCGGGUGAACCGAAUAAUUUCCGUUAUGAAAAUGGUGAAGAAGAAAACUGCAUGGAGCUUUGGAAUCGAGAUGGCAAAGGUCUUAAAUGGAACGACUCACCCUGUAGUUUUGAAACAUACUUUGUAUGUGAAGUUCAGCCAAAUUAGAAGCAAUUUUUUAUAAAAAAAAAAAAACAUAAAACUAUCCCGUUAAAGGAAUAAAAUCAUAUAAAAAUCUCAUUCUAUGCAUAUUGUAAGCCAAUGCGUAUUUUGAUAUUUGUUCUUUUUUUCUCCAACAACACUCUCCCCCCACAUAACUAUUAAGUUAAGUUAAGUAGAUUUUAAAUUAAUUAAAAAAAAGUGUAUAGGAGUUUUCAAAUUAAAUUUUAUUUUAUGUAGAAAGUGAUAUACUACAAAAUUGAUUUAGAAUAAUAAAUAUUCAUUAUUUUAUGUAUAAAUAUAGGCCAGCGACAUUAUUGGGAUAGUUUUUUUCGUGGGAUUUAUAUUUUAAGUCCCUUGUGUUUUUUUUUAAUCGAAAAUUAAGAGAGUACUGCCGUUUAUUGUAUAUUUAUAAGAAUUGAAUUUA